CACCCCCCUCCCCCGUAACCUCUCUUUCUCUCUCUCUCUCUCUCUCUCUCUCUCUCUCUCUCUCUCUCUCUCUCUCUCUCUCUCUCUCUCUCUCUCUCUGAGAUGAUCAUGAAAAAGAAGAUGAAUUUGAUACUAAGGAAGUGCAGGAGCUUGUCAUUGAGGCAGCUGGGGAGAUCUUCAUCCUACAGCAGUCUACGGUCCAGAUCUACCAAAGGAGAAAUAUGGGACGACCACGACGACAAUGAUGAUCAAAAUGAGCAUAACAACAACAGCAAUAACAAUAAUAACAACUGGGAAUCAUCAUCAAAUAACACCAUAUAUGUGGGAAGAUCAAGGAAGCGAUACGUGAUAAGUUCCAAGUUGUUGAAUCACCCAUUGCUCAACGCUCUCAUGGACAGGUCAGGCGAUGACAUCUCCAUAAGGUGUGAGGUGGUUCUCUUUGACCACCUCUUGUGGAUGCUCCAACACUCUGAUCCUAAUCUUGCUGCUUCUGAAUCCUUGGAGGAACUCGCCCAGCUCUACGCCUUGUAAUUAAAUUAGUUAAUUACAGCUAGCUCCCAGUAUGGAUUCAUUAAACUUAUGAGCAUAUAUGCAAGCAUGCAUACUUAUAGAACAUACCAAAACUAAUUAAUCAUGGGCUGGAUCGUGAUAAUUUGAUCGAUCUAGAUGUUCUUUUAUAAUUGUUUGAUUAGAUGUAAAUUAGGGCAUUUAAAUUUGGAUGUUGCGAUUAUACUCUUGUUAUUCAUUUGUAAUUGUUUUACUUUCUAACUCUUGAUUAAUUUGGGUAAAUGAUGGAUCAGCCACCUAGUGAUUAAAUUCGUGUAAAUGUGGGCAGAUCACCAUAUAUGUUAAUUGUUUUUCUUGAUCAUAUAUGUAGCUUUAAAUCCUUACAUAAUUGAAUAAAGUUUCAAGGGUUUGUUUUU